AUGGACUGGUCACCUGUCCAGGGUGUACUCCUUAUCUCACCCAAUGGCUGCUGGAUUCCAGUCUCCACAGGACAUUCCCAUAUUAACAAUGUGAAACUCUCUGUCUUUUCUGUGCAGGACUCCAGGGCGUAUUUCCACCUGCUGCAGCAGAUCGCUCCAGAUGGCAGCAAAGAGGAUGUUCCUCGGAUUGAGAUCGACAUGACUGGUCUUUAUGAGCAAGACCUCAAAAAGAGAGCAGAGUGUCUGCUGAAGCAGGCCGACCGGCUGGGCUGCCGUCAGUUUGUGACUGCCACCGACAUCGUGACAGGAAACGCCAAACUCAACCUGGCCUUCGUGGCCACGCUCUUCAACAAGUACCCGGCGCUCACCAAACCCGAAAACCAGGAGUGGAAUCUUGAAAGUGAGACGAGAGAGGAGAGAACCUUCAGGAACUGGAUGAACUCGCUGGGAGUCAGUCCACACGUUCACUACAUCUAUGGAGAUCUGCAGGACGCCAUGGUGAUUUUGCAGCUUUAUGAAAAGAUUAAAGUGAAGGUAGACUGGGACAACAGAGUCAACCUUCCUCCCUUCAAGGGACGAGGAGGUCACUUAAAGAAGAUUGAAAACUGUAACUACGCUGUGGAGCUGGGGAAGAAAAAAGCCGGCUUUUCCCUGGUGGGAAUCGGAGGUCAGGACCUGAAUGAGGGAAAUGAGACUCUCACCCUUGCCUUGGUGUGGCAGCUGAUGAGGAGGUACACUUUAAACGUCCUGGAGGACCUCGGACAUGGUGAAGUUGCUGGAGACGAUUUGAUCAUCUCGUGGGUCAAUAAGGCUCUGAAGGAAGCCGGCAAGAGUUCCUCCAUCAAAACCUUUAAGGACAAAGCCAUUAGCACCAGCCUUCCAGUGCUGGACCUGAUUGAUGCCAUUCAGCCGCAGAGCGUGAACUUUGACCUGGUGAAAAGAGACAAUCUCUCAGAUGAAGAUAAACUGGACAAUGCCAAGUAUGCCAUCUCCAUGGCAAGGAAGAUCGGCGCUAAAGUCUACGCCCUGCCUGAGGACUUGGUAGAAGUCAACCCCAAAAUGGUGAUGACCAUCUUUGCCUGCCUGAUGGGGCGGGGCAUGAAGAAGGCUUAAAGAGCACCGCGUACACAUCUAAACGCACACACACACACACACACACACACACACACACACACACACACACACACACACACAGGGACUGUCUUCAUCUGCUGAAACAUAAAGGCAGUGAACACGGUGUAGAAGUUUGUCCUGACUUCCUGUCUUUAAACAGAAACAGGAAACUAAAGCUAAAACGUCAAUGGUUCAAACAUCGUUCUUCCUGACAUUUAGGUUUAAAAUUGAUUGUUUGUUUCAGCGACCACUUGCUCACCAGUAGAGAAAAGUAGAAAUAGUGUCUUUAAAUUUGAAAGUUGUGACACAUGGGGAACAUCGGGGUGAUUCUUUUCCAGUUUCCGGUUGUACGAUGGGGUUUUUUCUCCUCUCUCAUCUUAUCCUUAUAUUUUCUGUUUUUUUCCAUGAUAUCCUCAUGUGUCCUUCUUUCUCAGUUCUGCUGUGUGCCAGCCUGUUCACAGGAUAAGCAUUUAUCACAAUUAAGCCAUAUUGAUCUUCACAGAAUGCCUUUUAUUGUAAAAUUUGCAGUCUGACAGAAGCCUUGUUAUGUCAUAGAUAGUCUUAAAGCUGAAAGUCAUUUAUUAGUAAACCUGAUUUUAUUGGGAUAAAAGCAGGAUGAGUAUAAACUAUCCAACCAAAUCCAUCCAAACGUUGUACUUUAUUGUGUAUUUUAAACGACAAGAUCACAUAAAAAAAAUCAAGUCUGGGUAUUUUCUGUUGACUUCUAAAUAAAAAAAAAGUCAUAUUGAUAACUGAAAAGUCUUGUACUUAUAGCGAAAGAUUAUUUCAUCCUGAUUGAUUUCCAAGUGAUACUGUUUUCAUAGAAUAUUACAACAGUACAGUUAAUAAAUAAAAAUUGCAGGUCAGUCUAAGCAGAAUUAUUGUUAAUUUUACAUCUGCAAAAUCUGUGUUUAUAUCCUCACCCUUAUUAACACACCAUAAGUGUAAUAUCAACGAGGGAAAAUGAUUCACAACCAAAUUACGAACGAAUGGUGAAACUCAUCACGUUGCUACGUCUUCAUACAUUCCACUGCUGCUGUAGCUUUUCAAAACUCCACUAAUAUCCACUACAGUUUCCUGCCUUCCAGUCGUUUCAAUGUAAUGUAAAUUGCUUUCAAAUACAUUCUAUUGAGAAUGACUGUACAAUCAGAUCUCUUGUCUCAAAUAAAUACCUUAUUUCAUUUGUC